AUGUCUUCGACUAUCGUCGAUGACACCGACUCUCGCUUCAACUACAAAGACAAUGCAUGGAAGCCUAGUGGGCAGUCGGGAGAACUUGACUCAACAUCUCAUAGUACCUCCCUUGCUGGUGCUGUGUUACAAUUUGGGCCCUUUACAGGCACAUCGGUCACAGUAUUUGGCACGGUGCAUCCCAGUCAACCCAAAGUUCACUUUCAAGUUGACGGCGGCUCCCAGAACGAUGACCUCCCUGCCACGUCGAGCACCACAGCAGAGCAGUUUCAGCAACAGUUUUAUUCCGCUACUGGGUUGGAUCAGUCGUCACAACACAUGCUAAACAUAAACGUACUGGAUGCAGGGCCCUUUACUAUAGACUAUCUGAUUAUUGAAAAUGGUCAGUCGGUUGACAAUCAGCCCGUCUCUAAUUUAGGCGGACAGUCGGUUCAUAAUAUUUUAACGUCAGGACCAUCGGGUACCAUCAAUUCAUCAACUUCUUCCGGCACUCGGAGCGUGGGAGGUACUGUUACUUCAACAUCAAUAUCAAUUGGCCCCGGUCCUGAUCCCACCUCACCCUCAGCAUCCUCCACUCCUUCAUCUUCCUCUCCUACACCACCUUCUCAACCCACCGUUGCCGCCCCCGGAUCAAAUCCGACAUCGUCUUCGACAGCUGGUGCCUCCCCAGCAGCAUCCGGCAGCACUACUCCUGGUAUAACUUCAGGGAUUUCCGACCCUUCCACAACCGCCGCGUCAAUGAGUGCAAGCAACGGCACUUCGGAUGCGGUCGUAAUAGGCUCGGUGGCAGGCGCUAUCGCAUUUUUUGCAAUAGUUGUCGUGUCAAUGGUACUCUUUCUCCGACGCCGACGAUUAGAAAAGCGAGGACGGACGGUACCGAAUAACAAACCAUCCGGAUGGAAGGAUUCCCAGCCUCAACCCAGUCAUCGUCCUUCGCUCCAUCUGUCCAUCCCGAGUGCACUCUCCCUUCCGCGCAGCUUGUCGAGACCAUCACUCCUUCCCACACAUAACAACAAGAUGCUCUCUUCGACCACUAAACAGUCACCUCCUUUCGGCACCUCCCAUCCAACUCCGUCGUUCCUCUCCGAGGACCCAAAUGAAUCGCCUAUAUUCGACAUCAAGCAGAGGCCUGUAUCUGGGUCGACCGUAACAACGCGUGUCACCGUUGGGACGACUAUCGGUCAGAGAGUUAGCGUCCCUGACUCCGCAUAUCGGUAUCCAUAUCUAGAAACCCCCGUGCCCGUGCCCGUGCCUGUACCGCCCAUACCUGUUCUUCCAUCGUCCAAGGGCGGCAUCCCGAGUCCGACUGAGACUGGCGUGUCGAGUGUGACUGCUUCACCUUCGCGUCUCGGUUUCGCACCUCUGGGUACAAAUUUCGGUACUACCUUCGACGCCUCAUUAUUCUCCGGGUUUUCCGAGAAUGGAAGCGAGAUCGCCGGCUCGGGCGGCUCGGCGUCCCGCCCUCUGCCUCAUACCCCGGUGGAUGCAAAACGAGCUCUUGAAACGUACGAUCGCGCUCCGCAAACGCAGAUGUACACACAUAACUCACAUAGCCACCGCUUCUUACCGACGACUCCGACACCUUCCGAUGUGGAGACUGUCGUGCAUCGGGACGCUGGCGUGCGUCUCGCAUUAAACGUGCCUGGCCGACCAAGGAGGGAACUUCCUCCUCCAUACCAAGACUACGGAUUUUAA